CCGGAUCUAACAAAUCAUGGCGUCGAUCUUCAUCAUCUUCUUUCCUUCAUUGCUGCCGAACCCCUCUCAUGGCCAUCGGACCACUUGCAGGCCAGAUCUAACAAACCACCGCAGCCCUCUUUUUUUUUUUUCCCUUGAUCAUUGCUUUGCUAUUUUUCCCUUUUUCUGUUCUUUCUUUGUGUUGAUGGUGAUUUCUGGUUGCAGGCAUUGAUCGAAAAGACCAAUCUUAACCCAAGAAAGAUUUGGGUAUGCUCCAGCUACUCAACUUUGGAGCCAUGAGAUGGAGGUUGAAGUCCCUUUUCGUACACUUUUGAUUAUGGUUAGGCUUUUUUACUUUAGAGUAUCAUUCUAGGCAAUGUGGAAAUUGUUUCAAAUGUUCUAACUAAAUGUUUUGCUUGAUAAGCAAAGCUUAGAGUUUGUUUGAAAAUGAUGAACAGUUCAAAGCUGUUGAAUGACCCAGAGACCGAGAGGAUCUUUAUGGGAGCUACAUUGUGGAACUUGAGAGGAAGGAAAAGGAAAAGGCUGCUGAGGAGCGUAGGCAGUUUGUGGCAGAAUACAGGAAAUUUUUGGAAUCCUAUGAUUUUAUUAAGGUGAACAGCCAAUGGUGAAAGGUUCAAGAUCGAUUAGAGGAUGAUGAAAGAUGCUCACGUCUUGAAAAGAUUGAUCGCUUGCUUUUCUUCUAAGAUUACAUUGAUGACUUGGAGAAGGAAGAAGAGGAAAAGAAGAAGAUACAGAAGGAACAAUUGAGACAUGCUGAGCAUAAAAACCGUGAUGCAUUUUGCCAGCUAAUGGAAGAACAUGUUGCUGAUGGCACUCUAACUGCUAAAACUUAAUGGCUUGAUUAUUGUUUGAAGGUAUAUCCCCUAUUUAAUUUUCUUCCCUUAAAUAUUUGAAGGAGAGCGGUUGAGAUCCAGCAUUGCAAGGUAUUGCAUUUUUGCAUCAGAAAUAGAUCCUAGCACGAAUU